UGUGUUGUGUAAACGAGCUGAUGGAUGAAGAUGAGAAGGACAGGGCAAAGAGGGCAUCACGCAACAAAUCUGAAAAGAAAAGGCGAGACCAGUUCAAUGUCCUCAUCAAAGAGCUCUGCACGAUGCUGCAGGGUCAUGGCCACCCUCUCAAGAUGGACAAGUCCACAAUAUUGCAGAGGACCAUUGACUUCUUACAGAAACAGAAAGAAAUCACAGCACAGACCGAGGCCGGUGAGAUUAGACAAGACUGGAAGCCUUCGUUUCUUAGCAAUGAGGAGUUCACCCAGUUGAUGUUAGAGGCAUUAGAUGGAUUUCUCAUUGCACUUACCACUGACGGGAUUAUUAUUUAUGUAUCUGAUAGUGUCUCCUCUCUUCUUGGACAUUUACCGUCAGAUUUGGUGGACCAAAAUAUAUUAAACUUUCUGCCUGAGCGGGAACAGAGUGACGUAUACAAGCUCCUUUCUCCACGUGUGCUCAUGACAGAUCCUGUUGCAGCUGAUUUUCUGAACACUGAAAAGCAAAUAGAGUUUUGCUGCCAUUUAGCAAGAGGAAGCUUAGAUCCAAAUGAGCCCCUAACAUAUGAAUAUGUGAAAUUUGUAGUGGAUUUUAAAUAUUUUACUCAUGUGCCUACACCCUCCUGCAAUGGCUUUGAAUCAGCUAUUGCAAGAGCAUUCAGGUCAGCCACAGAAGAGCAGAUUUGCCUUGUCGCAACUGUUCGUCUUGUUACGCCGCAGUUUUUAAAGGUGAGAGCUCUCGGGUCAUCUACCAAAUGGUCAUCACGUCAGGUUUUGUAUUUACGUCUUUCUCUUUGCUUUUAUUCUAGGGCCCCGCCUAUUAUAGGUUAUUUACCCUUUGAGGUUCUGGGAACGUCAGGUUAUGAUUAUUACCACGCUGAUGACCUGGAGCUUCUCGCUAGGUGCCAUGAACACUUGAUGCAAUUUGGAAAAGGAAAGUCCUGUUACUACAGAUUCUUGACCAAAGGCCAGCAAUGGAUAUGGUUGCAAACGCACUAUUACAUCACGUACCACCAGUGGAACUCCAAACCUGAGUUCAUUGUUUGCACACACCUUGUAGUUAGUUAUGCAGAGGUUCGAGCUGAAAGAAGGAGAGAUCUUGGCCUUGAGGAGUCAUCAGUCGAACUGGCCUCUUCUUCUUUGAAGAGUCACAAUAGUUACCUAGACAUCAGGCAAUGUGGAAACAACCAAGAAACCAGCAGGGACAGAGUGUCUGUAUCCUCGCCUAGCUCCCGGCGAUCUUCACACACCGCACUCUCCGACACAGCAUCCACAUCAUCCAUGCGGCACACAGAGGCCAGCACUCCCACCAGGCAAUCAGUGCCGAUGGGUCAGCAGGAGAAGGCGUCUCUGAGGCUGGCCUCGAGCGGGAGCGCACAGGCAAUAGUAACUCCUCAGGCAUCCGCUGAACAUCUCACUCAGCACCAUGUGGCCCAGCCAACAAUUCCCUCGCAGCAAGCUGUGAUGCCAGUGUACCACUUCCCAGCCCAGUUAGGGAUGAUGCAUCAACUAAAAGAACAGCUGGAGGAGAGGACGCGCAUACUGCAAGCUGACAUCAAGACACAGCAAGAAGAGCUCCAUGUUAUCAAAGAGCAGCUCCAACUAGUGCAAGAUUCCAAUCUGCAGAUGCUGAUGCAACAACCUAUGCCCUUAGUCUUUAACAACGUACAACAACAGAGCCCAAGAAGGCCUUCCCAACCACAGCAGCCAGGGGCAACCAGGCAGACCACAGCCAAGAAGUCUCAGCAGCAAGGCCUUAUGGGAUCCAAACACUAUAGUGCCCCACACUUACCAUCACCACAUCAAUUCCUCAGGGAACCUUGUGUCACUUCCUCACAGGUACAGCAGCAGCAGCAGCACUUAAUGAGAGGCAGCCAGGCACCGCAAACCUGUCUGCCAGCGCAGACAAGCAUUUCGAUGCCCCUCUACAACAGCCCCAUGGUGUUUUCCCAAACUCAUCCCAUCACUGUCUCUGCUCAGAUGCCGACGGAAAUGAGUGAAAGGCAACAGCCGUCUGACUACAGCCAAGAUAGGAGUCUAAGAAUGUUGUUAGAUCAGCCGGUCCAAGCCUUGAUGCCCUGUGCUAAUGGCAGUAAUCAGUCAUCACAAAGCAGUGCUGGCAGACAGCAAGCAAAAUUUGUUCCAGAACAGCAGAUGCUGCCUCCCCCAUUACAGAUGCAGCCAAUUACGUGUAGCACAGUCAGGGCUCCUGACCCUUCUCCUGUAUUUACCCCUUCGGUCAUGAUUCCACAGGCCAACUUCACUUCCCACCAGACGCAACCUCCAGUUCAUCUCCAUCAAUGGCCACCCCAACAACAGGUUCAGCAGCAGCAUCUCUACCUGCAGAUGCAAGCCCCAGAGCCGGUCCAGGGGAGUCAAAAUCAGCGUAUUUUCCAGCCAUCUCAUAUACCGCAGCAGAAUACCAUGGGCUACUUCCUCCAUCCACAGCAACAAAGCCACCAUCCGCAGGGUCAGUCCUGCAACCUACAGGACCUGCCUGAAAUGCAGCUGCCCUGAAAGCCAGGGCAUGAGGAGACGGUGACGAGUCGCAGCUGCUGUGCGGAGCAGGCGUCAGGGGAAGGACGGCGAAAUUCGAGGCGAGGAGGCCCUCCUCAUGUGCCAGAGGGGUGAGGGUUAGCCCAGAGGGAAACAUGGCAGCGUGGAGGAAGGGCCCAGCAGGAGAGCAGGAUCGCCAGAUGGGUACCGUGUCGAUUACCAUUUUUAUGUAUUCAGUCCUUGAUGUUGCACAGCGACAGGAUCAAAGCAAAGUCUGGAUUCAUUAAGCACCAGGACCGUGCGACUAAACACAGUUUAACUGUGAUCCGCUAGAACUCCCGUUCACGU